AUGCCCUGGAGCAAACCCGGCCCCGAGCCCCCCCUGCCUCGUCCUGCUGGGGGCCUGGCUGCUGGGGAGCACCCAGUGCCGCCACCCCCAGCCCAGCCCCAGCCUCGCCUCGAGGACGCUCCCCCUUUCCCCAGGAGGUCCGACGGUGCCUCGCCGAGCAGUAAGAGCACGCCAAGCCCCACUAAGCCCUUCGCACCCAACCCGCCCCCACACCGGAGGAUGCUCGUCGAUCCCAACAGCGGGAAAUGCUACUACAUGGAGCCACCACGGCAGCCCCAGCUGAAGACACUCUAUGACCCUGAGACUGGGCAGUACCUGGAGGUCCUCAUCCCACCAGUGGCAUCACACGCCGGGCUCUACCAGGCUCCUUUCAACCCCCUGCUCAUGGCCCCGGGGGUCUAUGGCCCACCCUACGUGCCCUACAGCGGCUUCCCAGCAGCGGGAAAUGCUACUACAUGGAGCCACCACGGCAGCCCCAGCUGA